CAACGGAUCUCCCUGGAUGAGCAUUCGUAACUCGUUUCAUUGACCACCCCUCACUCAUCCGGCCUUUUGUCUGUACUCUUUUUCUCUCCUCAGUACUUAUCGAAGAGUGAGGAUCUGUUUUCGACAGACAGAAGCAUCUCUUUCAAGCCCCCAGAAAUCUGACACAUCUGGUCAUUUAAGCGAAGGCCUCGUCCGAGAUCAUAAGAAGGAGAAUAAAAGAAGAAGAACAGAGAGAAGAGUCACAACGACUCGCCCACUAUGGACGUCACAGACAUCACUGCACAUCUCGACAAGCUCGACGGCAAUAUCAAUGAGCUGGAGGCUUCGCUGAAGCCUCUGUUGUCGAAUCUCAACGAGACUGCAUCAAAGCUCCCUCUGCUCGAUAGGGCCAAGCUAUAUGUCACAGUUGCAUACGCGAUUGAGAGCACCCUGCAUUCCGCCCUGCGCGUAGGCGGCGUGGACAUAAAAACACACGCCAUCUCCAAAGAGCUCGCUCGCCUGAAACAAUAUUUUGAGAAGAUCAAAAAGGCCGAAGAAGUCCCAGCCGAGAGGACGCAGGCUCUUGAUAAGCAGGCCGCUAUCCGCUUCAUCAAGGCUGACCUGGCCGACAACGCCGACAUCAAUACCAAGCUAAAGGAGAAGCUGGCCAAGGAGCGCGAGAAGGCCGCUGCGAGGGCAGCUGCGCAGAAGGGCAAGAAACGACCCGCUGAAGAAGCAGAGCCUGCUGUUGCUGAGGCUGCCAAGGCUGAGAGCCCUGCUGGAGAUAGCUCGGAUGAGGAGGGAGAGAUCGAGGAGCCCGAGAAGAAAAAGUCCAAGAAGUCCACAGCAGCCAAGCCCAAACGUGAGAAGAAGACCAGGAAGGGAAAGAAGAAGAAUUAAGCGAUCCAGCACCGCAACUCACCUGCACACUCAACACCACCACCGAGAUAUCUCCUGGAGUUGAAGACUGUCCGGCAACCCUACAUCUGGGCACACACCUCGAUACUCCUUGAAUACCUCCACUACAGACCAAAAUGUUCACUCCAAUGUGGGUGAGCGAGGGACGCCAUUCCAGCCUGCCUCGCUUGCGAUGUGGUUGUCGAGAAGUCUGUCGACACAACAACCGCCACAUUGCACAUUGUUGAAGCGGCGAGCCGUGCGUCUGAAUUGGAAGAGGGAAUGUGAAUGGGAUAUUGGAAGAACAUCAGCUAGAGGCGAUCGGCUCAUCGGUGAGGGAUAUUCUCAUCACGAGCCGACAAGAUAUGGGCGAUCAAUUGCCCUAAUGCUCAUGUACUGAUGGCAUGAUGGAACAAUGUCCGGCACCAGAGCCCGCAACGUUCACAAAUUUCCGGCUCGAGCUUCCUGCGUACAUUUGCGUAAGGUCUUGACGCCGAGAUUUGAAUCAUUUUGGACGAUUUACACAUCGAGCUUUUGACUCGUUUGGGGCAUCGCCCAGGCGAUUGCUUGAUUCGAAGAGGUGAUAGCAACAGAUCAGGGCAAUUGGUGACUUGUAGGCCGAAAUAGAGAGAUACCCCAUCAAAUUUUUAUGAUAUCUGAAAACCCAGCUCCCAAUGCUAAGU